GUGUUCAUUCCCAAACUUCAUGGAGUGCGCUCCAUUGGCUGCCGACGGUCAUUUGGAGAGUGCGGUAUGGAGCUCGAAGUUUAGAAACUGAUGCCGACCCCAUGGGGAAGCGAGAACGCUGUGGUUUCGGAGCCACGGUGGAGUGAUACCGCGCGCUGAUGGUUGGCUGACCUGUCGAGAGAACCCUCCGAGGUUCGGCGGGAGAUGCGAGCUCUCCAGCGCUAUGCCCUUCUGGGAUUCCUCGUGGUGAGCCUCACAGCGACAGUCGCCAUACUUCACGCUCGGAAUCGACCUCCGCGAGAUACUACUUCCGACGACUUCCAAUUCGAUCGACUGAGCUCCUUCUGGAGCGGGUACCACUCCAAAUGGUCGGACAGAGGUCGCAACAGCUCGAGGAACACAGACAACCACCCAGAACUGUGUCGAUUCCAUUCUUGCUUCGAAUUCGAUCGAUGCAGGAAUGGAUUCCGGGUGUACAUUUACCCUCUCGAAGACGGUCAGGCGGUCUCAGCCACCUAUAUGAAACUCCUCAGUGCUAUACGACGGUCGAGGUUCUAUACGUCGAAUCCUGAAGAGGCGUGCCUGUUCGUGCCUAACGUGGACACGCUCGACAGGGACAUCCUCUCGGACGAGUAUGUGCGCAGCGCACAAGCAAGGCUCUGGAACCUGCCUCAUUGGAAUGGAGGCAGGAAUCAUCUCAUUUUCAAUCUGUUCUCUGGUUCCUGGCCGGACUACUCACAGGACUUGGGGUUCGACCCUGGACUUGCAAUGCUGGCCAAGAGCUCCGCCCCAGAAACCAUCUUCAGACCUGGCUACGACAUAUCCAUUCCUCUAUUCCCUCGAACUCACCCAGAAAUCGGGGGCGAGCCGGGAUUUUCUUCGAGCGAGAGUAAAAUCAUCACGCCCUUGAGGAAACGAUUCCUUCUGACUUUCAAAGGCAAAAGAUAUCUCUACGGGAUCGGAUCCGAAAUUCGGAAUUCCCUUUUCCAUCUAAAUAAUGUGAAUGACGUUCUUCUUCUCACCACCUGUAAACAUGGGAAGCAGUGGAAGCUGAAGAAAGAUGAAAGAUGUGAUAGUGAUAACGCAGACUACGACAAGCAAGACUAUACUGUUUUGAUGCAGAACUCGACUUUCUGUCUGGUUCCACGCGGUCGACGCCUCGGGUCGUUCCGUUUUUUGGAGUCUCUUCAAGCCGGCUGCAUUCCGAUAGUUCUUUCGAACGACUGGAGACUACCUUUCGACGAAGUCAUCGAUUGGAAGUCAGCAACCAUAAGAUGGGACGAGAGACUCCUGUUCCAAUUGCCUCACUUCCUGCGAUCCUCGGGAUUGACCCCGGACUCGGCUCGAGUCGCCCAACUUCGACAGCAAUCGCAAAUACUCUGGGGGAGCUACUUGAACUCCAUAGAAAAAAUUGUACAAACGACGUUGCAAAUUAUCGCCGACAGAGUAGAAUCUGAGCAAGCGAAAUCAAUCACGAGCUGGAACACGUUCCCGGGAGCUCUCCAUAGUGUUCAGAGCGAGUUCACCUGGCGCCGUUGGAACCUGCCGUGGAACUCCUGUUGGAGUCAGCAGUCCUGUGGAAGACCCUUGGCAGCCGACGUGUCGACCGGUAACCAACGACAAGUCGCGUCGUUGACGAAGUUUACAGCGGUAGUCUAUACGACCCUGCCGUAUACGAGGCAGAGCUUCCCACAGACUCAGCUGUAUCGACUGCUCAAGAACGUUCUCAAGUCGAAACAUUGUGAUAAAAUAUUGCUGCUCCUCAACAUGGAAAACUAUCCGCGAUCCCGGGAGCCCAGGGAAAAUAAUCGCACGGAAAAAUUCUCCGAUGGAGAUCUGUUACUUAAUGCCAAAUUGCCGUCCUCUGUUGUUCCCAUCCGGGUUUCGAAAACGUCUGACCGCUUCAGGCCAUUCGAACAAAUCGUCACCGAUGCCGUACUUUCCCUAGAUGAAGAUGUCACGCUUACCACCGAGGAAAUCGAUUUUGCCUUCCUGGUCUGGAAACAAUUCCGCCAACAGAUCGUCGGCUAUCCCGCGCGCUCGCAUUUCUGGGAUGAACGAAGAUCUCGGUGGAGUUACAGCUCGAAAUGGUCUAAUGAGUAUUCGAUGGUGCUCACCAGCGCUGCGUUUUACCAUUCGUAUUACAACGCACUGUUUACGUCCUUGUUGACGCCGCGACUAAUCGACUUUGUGAAUCAAGUUCAAAAUUGCGAGGACAUUUUGAUGAAUUUCCUGGUGACCGACGUCACGUCGCUGCCCCCCGUCAAGGUCACGCAACGAAAGCAAUACCGAGAUACCAGCAACGCGGGCGUAGGAGCUGUUGGAGCUCUCAACAACCAUUUUCCCAGUGCAUGGAACGACCCGGAUCACUUCCGGCAGCGUGGGGAAUGCGUUGCUCGGUUCGCCUCCGAGUUCGGCCGAGUCGCACUCGCGCAUUCUGUGGCACGAUACGAUCCCGUGCUGUUCAAAGAUCCCGUUUCGAACCUACGCAAGCGGUUCAAGAUAAUUGAUCGGAUUGGCUCCUCCGGCGCUUAG